AUGGCGAAGAGUACAUCUCACCUAAACGGCGAAACCACUGCCCCAGGGCCUCAAGUGAUACCAAUCCAGACAACCGAGGUCCCUACAUAUACAAUCAUCCAAGCAGACGGUGUCUACCCCGACGACGUUGUUGAACAGGAAAUCUUCACGGCAAACCCACCGCAUCCCUAUAAGUUGAACUAUGUCUCAACCCACCUGUUCCCGACCGGCACACCUUUUCCAAAACCAUGGUCCUCUAUCCCCAAGGACUUACGAGACCAAGUCGAUGGGAUUAUGGUCCUCAAGAUGGGGUUCACGGCUGAGGACGUCGAGUUGUUCCCCAAGUUGAAAGUGAUAGUCAGAAUGGGCGUCGGGUAUGAUCGUCUAGACCGAGUCGCGCUGGCGAAGAAGGGGGUCACGGUGUGCAACGUGCCAGACUAUGGCACAGCCGAAAUAGCAGACCACGCACUGUCUCUCGCUCUCUCUCUGCGGCGUGGGGUCCUCCUGCACCACGACCGCCAGCGCCAACCCUAUGUCUACCCGUGGAUGUACAUCGACACUCCACUCGUCUCGCGCAUCCAACAGGCUACAUUCGGCAUCUUGGGACUUGGGAGAAUCGGGACCGCCGCGUGUCUCCGCGCAAAGGCAUUUGGCUGGAACGUCCUGUUCUACGACCCAUACCUACCCAACGGCGUCGACAAGGCCCUGGGCAUCGAGCGCACAAAGGACAUCACCGAGCUGUUUCGUAGGAGCACAAAUCUCAGCAUCCACUGUGCGUGCACGCGCGAGACACGCGGCAUGAUCGGCUGGGACCUGGUCAAGCUGAUGCCGCGCGGCUCCGUGCUCGUGAAUACGGCCCGCGGUGAGGUGCUGCAGCUCGACGCCGUGGAGCGCGCAUUGAGGGAAGGUAUCCUCGCCGGCGCGGGCCUCGACGUCCUCCCUGAGGAACCCAUCCCCGAGCACAACGUCCACCCCCUCAUCAAAGCGUACCGCGAAAAGGAAGAAUGGCUGCUCGGGAGGAUGGUCCUCACCUGCCACACGGCGUUCUACAGCCCACAAAGUUUCGUCGACAUUCGGGUCAAGAGCGCGCAGACGAUGCGGGAGGUCUUGAUCGAUGGGUUGCAGAGUAAUGUCAUUACACCGGAUAUGCUGUAG